CGGGAACAAAGAGGAGGAAGCCGGGGCGCCAGAGCAAAGUCUGAAAUGGAUGUUACAUGAAUCACUUUAAGGGAUGCACAUGACGACAAACAUUUCUCAAGUCAGCUAGAGAAAGAUGGACGAGUCGGCCUUGUUGGAUCUUCUGGAGUGCCCAGUGUGUCUGGAGCGGCUGGAUGCUUCUGCAAAGGUCUUGCCUUGCCAGCACACGUUUUGCAAACGCUGCUUAUUGGGGAUUGUCGGUUCCCGAAAUGAACUGAGAUGUCCUGAGUGCAGGACUUUGGUGGGCUCUGGCGUGGAGGAGCUUCCAAGUAACAUCCUGCUGGUCAGACUCCUGGAUGGCAUCAAGCAGAGGCCUUGGAAACCUGGCCCAGGUGGGGGCGCUGGGACCAAUUGCACAAAUGCAUUAAGGGUGCAGAGCAGCACGGUAGCUAAUUGCAGCUCCAAAGAUCUGCAGAUCUCCCACGGUGGACAUCAGCCUCGGGUGCAAGCCUGGAGCCCCCCGGUGCGGGGUAUACCUCAGUUACCAUGUGCCAAAGCAUUAUACAACUAUGAAGGGAAGGAGCCCGGAGACCUUAAAUUCAGCAAAGGUGACAUCAUCAUUUUGCGGCGACAAGUGGAUGAAAAUUGGUACCACGGGGAAGUCAACGGGAUCCAUGGCUUUUUCCCCACCAACUUUGUGCAGAUCAUCAAACCGUUACCUCAGCCCCCACCUCAGUGCAAAGCACUUUAUGACUUUGAAGUAAAAGACAAGGAAGCAGACAAAGAUUGCCUUCCAUUUUCAAAGGAUGAUGUUCUGACGGUGAUCAGAAGAGUGGAUGAGAACUGGGCUGAAGGAAUGCUGGCAGAUAAAAUAGGAAUAUUUCCAAUCUCCUAUGUUGAGUUUAACUCCGCAGCCAAGCAGCUCAUAGAAUGGGACAAACCUCCCGCACCGGGAGCUGAUGCUGGAGAAGGCAGCUCCAUGGCAGCCCAGAGUGCCCCUGCUCCCAAGCACUGCGAUACCAAGAAGAACACCAAAAAGCGCCAUUCCUUCACGUCCCUCACCAUGGCCAGCAAGUCCUCGCAGGCCUCCCAGAACCGCCACUCCAUGGAGAUCAGCCCUCCCGUCCUCAUCAGCUCCAGCAACCCCACUGCUGCUGCCCGCAUCAGCGAACUGUCCGGCCUCUCGUGCAGUGCCCCUUCUCAGGUUCACAUAAGUACCACCGGGUUGAUUGUGACCCCACCCCCAAGCAGCCCAGUGACAACGGGCCCCUCGUUCAUGUUUCCAUCUGAUGCCUCAUACCCGGCUGUCCUUGGAGCUAUGAACCCUCCUCUUCCUCCACCACCUCUCCUGGCUUCUACACCAGCAGGAGCUGCCGCUGCCACAGCGCCUGGGAUGGGAGCCCGGCCCACAUUGGGACCUGCUGACCAGAUGGCACAUUUACGGCCUCAGACUCGCCCCAGUGUGUAUGUUGCUAUCUAUCCAUAUGCUCCCCGAAAAGAAGAUGAGCUGGAACUGAGGAAAGGGGAGAUGUUUUUAGUGUUUGAACGUUGCCAGGAUGGCUGGUUCAAGGGGACGUCGAUGCAUACCAGCAAGAUAGGGGUUUUCCCUGGCAAUUACGUGGCACCAGUCACAAGAGCAGUGACAAAUGCUUCCCAAUCUAAAGUUCCUAUGUCUACUGCUGGCCAGACAAGUCGAGGGGUGACCAUGGUCAGUUCUUCCACUGCAGGAGGGCCAGCCCAGAAGCUCCAGGGAAAUGGCAUAGCUGGGAAUCCUGGUGUCGUCCCCACUGCUGUGGUGUCCGCAGCUCACAUACAGACGAGCCCUCAGGCUAAGGUUUUAUUGCACAUGAGUGGACAGAUGACUGUCAACCAGGCCCGAAAUGCUGUGAGGACAGUGGCUGCACAUAGUCAGGAACGUCCAACAGCGGCAGUGAUGCCCAUCCAGGUCCAGAACACCGCCGGCCUGGUCCCUGCAUCCAUGGGCCUACCCCAUCAUCCACAUGCCUCCUCACAGCCACUGCCCACAAUGCCAGGCCCAGCUGCUCAUGCUACUGCCGUGAACUUGGGUCGAGCUGGCAUGCCCCUGGCCUGUGCCACAGUUGCUUCACUGACCUCCUCGAGCAUCGCCACCACCUCUCUGGACACUGAGCCCAGUGGCCGGACUGUGGGUCUGGUCUCUGGACUUCCCACAUCUCCUGACAGUGCUUCUUCGGCUUGUGGGAACAGCUCAGCAGCAAAGCCAGAAAAGGAUAAUAAAAAAGAAAAAAAGGGUUUGUUGAAGUUGCUCUCUGGCGCCUCCACCAAACGCAAGCCCCGAGCCUCACCGCCAGCCUCCCCUACCUUGGAAGUGGAGUUGGGUACCGGGGACCAGCCUCUGCAGGGCGCCGUAGGCCCGGAGCUGCCUUUGGGGGGCGCUCACGGCAGGGCCGGCUCCUGCCCAGCCGAAGGGGACGGACCUGGGUCUGUAGCCACAGUGGGAGCUGCUCUGCUCCAGGAUGCUCUUCACCGCAAGCCGGGCACCCUGGGCACCCUGGACUCGAAUGCACCCAUCGCGCCACCCCCUCGGCAGCCCUGCUCCUCCUUGGGCCCUGUCAUGAAUGAAUCUCGGCCUGUUGUCUGUGAAAGACAUCGGGUGGUGGUUUCCUAUCCUCCUCAGAGUGAGGCAGAACUUGAACUGAAAGAGGGGGAUAUUGUGUUUGUUCAUAAGAAACGAGAGGACGGCUGGUUCAAAGGCACAUUGCAGCGCAAUGGGAAAACAGGCCUUUUCCCAGGAAGCUUUGUGGAGAACAUCUGAGGAGAGCAACCAAGAGAAAGUUUCGAAUCACUUCACACAGCAAAAUAGCACAAAGCAAUGUCGUGGAAAGAGCACACGUGUAGACUUCCAAGUGAUCAGGAGAUGAGCGAAAGGAUUGAAGUGUGACCCCAGAGCCCCCCAAUACAGCUCCAUCAGCCAACAACAGCAGCAUGAAGGAGAACUGGUGUGGGUUCCUCUCCGGAUUCUGAAAUGUAAAGUGUGCCUUGUACUGUUGGAUUUACUCUAUGGAGAAACCUUUUAUUGUUUUGUUUUAAAGAUAUAUAACUAAAAUGAACCAUUGUUUACAAGGCGUAACUAAUUUAUUUGCUUUUUUUUAACUUGAAUUUUUCUUGUCAUAGUUAAACUCUUUGGAUUAUGAUUUUAAGAAAUUAUUAAUUUAUGAAAUGAUAGCUAAGGAGAAGCUGGGUUAUCUCCUGUUGAGAGCAAGAAAUCCUUUUUUGACAGAGAAUGAGUCCCCCUCCCCCUCACCGAUAUUUUGUUUUGCAUCUUUAAGAAAUUC